AUGCGGAAUAGUGUCCGUCACGUUCUCCCAGAAUCAGUCAAUUGGUUUCCGGGACAUAUGAAUAAAGGUAUCAAAGAAAUCAGCAAAAAACAAGCUUCUAUUGAUUUCCUUAUUGAGAUUCAUGAUUCACGUAUACCUUUCACCGGUCGUUCGGAUUUCAUCCGCAAGCUAGGCAUGAAUCGACCGUAUAUAUUGCUUAUGAACAAAUCCGAUUUAGCUGAAGAGGUGGAUACUGAUUUGCUAAAAAAUAAAAUAUUCGACUCAUGCGCUGAAAACUAUUCGACACAGCCGCUUGAAAUAUUUUUUACUGAGCUCAUAUCUCCGGAAAGACAAAAAAUAACACUAAGGAAAAUAAUUAAAUGCAUUUCUAACUAUGCUUCAAAUAAACGCCGUGAUCUUCCUUCAUCAACUAUGGAGUUCACAUCUGAUGAAUCACUUGAUGACGAUCACAACCCUUCUUUUGAGGAUACAAUACCACCUAUAACGACUUUGGUUGUCGGUCUGCCUAAUUGUGGCAAGAGUACUUUGAUAAACACACUCAAGACUUUUACUAUGGGAGGCCGGGGUUCAUCCGUCCGUGUCGGCCGAAACCCGGGCAUGACCAGGAAUUUAGGCCAACCAAUUCUUAUAUGUCCUGGAUCUAGCUCUCGUCUUUACCCCGGAUUUAAAUCGUCCCAAGCUUUGGAUUCAAAUGAUAGUGAAGCAAAGAUCAUGGCACUUGAUUCCCCCGGCAUUUUAGAGCCUAAUGUGAGGACCUUGACGGAGCAACUCAGUCUGGGUGUGUGUGGCGCUAUCAAUAAUGAUAGUAUUAACAAAGAGAUCCUUGUUGACUAUCUUCUAUUUUGCAUGAAUCGGCGCCGAAAUUUUGCUUAUGUAGCUGCUCUCGGACUUCCGGGGCCCACUGACGACGUGCGUUACUUCCUUGCUUCUGUCUGCCUAACUCAUCAUCUUCUCUUGCCCAACUCCAAUACUUCGAUGUGUCGACCGAAGCGUCAAGGAUGGCAGCCUCGGGAAGCGGAAUCCUCUUUUUUGUGUUCAUCAGGAUUUACUGGCCUAACCAAUAUGGCUGAUCAGCUGCGACAAGCUGCGGCAGCGGAAUCUGCUGAAAGCACUUUGGCAUCUGCUCUAACAAAGAUAAACCCCAUUUGCUUACCUAAGGCAGACAUGCACUCUGCUGCAGUCUUUGUACUUCGGUCAUUUCAGCUGGGUCGUCUAGGUCGAUUCACAUUCUGGCCAGAGGAUGAGCAAGCCGCUUCUUCUUUCUUUCACCCUUUGGUUAGUCGGCGCAAAGAAAAAGAGUUGCGUCGACUGCGCCAGCAUUCCCAGUUAGCAUAA